GGCCCAUGUGAACGGGGGUGUGUAAGUAUUACGUAACAAUCAGAGGAUGAAAACCUGCAUCUAGUGAGAGAGGUCAGAAGUGAGAGUGAGUGAGAGCGACAGAAAGAGAUUAACAGGAUCCAGGCCUUCCAGUCUCAGAGCCAGUGUGACAGAAGAGCAGUUCUGACUGUGUGCAUGAUAGAGCCUGGGUGCAUGUCAUAACGCUGCCAACACUCUCCGUUCCCUGGAUCUGCUCAUUGUACCACAGGACUGCGGCAGAACUUUCUGGCCCAUUUAUUUGUUUACAUCUGACACCUGCUGUGAUUUUGGACUGUAUCUGGACUUGACUGGACAAGAUGCUCCUGCAUUUGGGAGGGUCCAGGAGCAAGAUGGGCAUCCUGCUCAUCAGGAGAGUGGGUUUGUUUUGUCGUUCUGCCCAUUUGUCUCCCCAAAGCCUGGAGUAUCGACCAAUCAAAAAGGUCAUGGUGGCAAACAGAGGUGAAAUAGCCAUUCGGGUGUUUCGGGCAUGCACAGAGCUUGGGAUCCGUACAGUGGCUGUAUAUUCGGAGCAGGACACGGGGCAGAUGCACAGACAGAAGGCAGAUGAGGCUUACCUCAUUGGCAGAGGCCUGUCCCCCGUUGCAGCCUAUCUCCAUAUCCCCGACAUAAUCAAAGUGGCUAAGGAAAAUAAUGUGGAUGCAAUCCACCCUGGUUAUGGCUUUUUAUCAGAGCGCGCAGACUUUGCCCAAGCCUGUGCUGAUGCCGGGGUAAGAUUCAUUGGUCCUUCCCCAGAGGUUGUGCGCAAGAUGGGGGAUAAAGUGGAAGCCCGUGGCCUGGCCAUAAAAGCAGGUGUUCCAGUUGUUCCUGGAACAGACGCACCUAUCUCAUCUCUUCAAGAGGCUCAGGAGUUUGCCAAAACAUAUGGCUUUCCCAUCAUCUUUAAAGCUGCAUAUGGAGGAGGAGGCCGUGGGAUGAGGGUGGUUCGAAAUUAUGAGGAAUUAGAGGAGAACUAUCAAAGAGCAUAUUCAGAGGCUCUGGCGGCAUUUGGCGAUGGUGCUCUGUUUGUUGAAAAGUUCCUUGAGAAACCUCGACACAUUGAAGUACAAAUUCUUGGUGAUAAAUAUGGAAACGUAAUUCAUCUGUAUGAGAGGGAUUGCUCUAUCCAGAGAAGACAUCAGAAAGUGGUAGAGAUCGCUCCUGCUGCCCAGCUUGACCCUCACCUAAGAGACAGACUGACCUCAGACUCAGUCAAUCUGGCCAAACAGGUGGGCUAUGAGAACGCAGGCACAGUGGAGUUCCUGGUGGAUAAACAUGGAAAACACUACUUCAUCGAGGUGAACUCCCGUCUACAGGUGGAACAUACGGUUACAGAGGAAAUUACUGAUGUGGAUUUGGUUCACGCACAGCUGCGUGUGUGUGAGGGCCGCAGUCUUCCUGAGCUGGGUCUCGAACAGGACAAGAUCCAGAUCAAUGGCUGUGCCAUUCAGUGCCGGGUCACUACAGAAGACCCCUCCCGUGGUUUUCAACCAGACACAGGUCGCAUAGAGGUGUUUCGCAGUGGAGAAGGUAUGGGUAUUCGUCUGGAUAGUGCGUCUGCGUUUCAGGGAGCUGUCAUCUCCCCUCACUAUGACUCACUGCUGGUUAAAGUCAUAGCCAGCGGCAAAGACCUCCCCACCGCCGCAACCAAAAUGCACAGAGCACUUACCGAGUUCAGAGUUCGUGGUGUUAAGACUAAUAUCCCCUUCCUUCAGAAUGUAUUGAGCAAUGGCCAGUUCCUGUACGCCACAGUUGACACCCAGUUUAUUGAUGAGAACCAGGAGCUUUUCAACCUCAAGCCUACUCAGAACAGAGCCCAGAAACUCCUGCACUAUCUGGGUCACAUAAUGGUAAAUGGACCCAUGACUCCUAUUCCAGUGAAAGCCAAAUCUUCAUCUGUUGAUCCAGUCGUUCCUUCUGUUUUUUUGGGUGAGCCACCCAUGGGCUUACGUGAGGUCCUGUUGAAGGAGGGUCCUGAAGGUUUUGCACGAGCAGUUCGAAAGCACCAGGGUCUUCUAUUAAUGGACACUACCUUCAGAGAUGCCCACCAGUCCCUGCUGGCCACUCGCGUCAGGACACACGACCUCAAAAAGAUUGCUCCAUUCGUGAGCCACAACUUCAAUAAUCUCUUCAGCCUGGAAAACUGGGGAGGAGCUACAUUUGAUGUAGCAAUGCGUUUUCUUUGGGAAUGUCCAUGGAAGAGACUUCAGGAGCUCCGAGCUCUGAUUCCCAAUGUCCCAUUUCAGAUGCUACUACGUGGAGCCAAUGCUGUGGGAUACACAAACUAUCCUGACAAUGCAGUUUUCAAAUUCUGCGAGGUAGCCAAAGAGAACGGAAUGGAUAUCUUUCGUGUUUUUGACUCCUUGAAUUAUAUUCCCAACAUGCUUUUGGGGAUGGAAGCUGCAGGGGCAGCGGGAGGUGUGGUGGAGGCAGCCAUUUCUUACACAGGAGACGUGUCUGACCCCAUGAGACAGAAAUACUCACUGGAGUACUACCUGAAGCUGGCCAAUGAGCUAGUUAAGGCUGGAACACACAUACUGGCGAUUAAGGAUAUGGCUGGCCUGUUGAAGCCCGAAGCAAGCCGUUUACUGAUUGGAGCACUGCGGGACAGUUUCCCUGAAGUCCCUAUCCACGUUCACACUCACGAUACGGCGGGUGCAGGAGUCGCAGCAAUGUUAGCUUGUGCACAAGCAGGUGCAGAUAUAGUAGAUGUAGCAGUGGACUCGAUGGCGGGCAUGACAUCUCAACCGAGCAUGGGUGCCAUCGUAGCCUGCACCAAAGGAACCAAACUAGAUACUGGUGUUUCUCUGGACAAAGUCUUUGACUACAGUGAGUACUGGGAAGUGGCUCGUGGUCUGUAUGCUCCCUUCGACUGCACCGCAACAAUGAAGUCUGGUAAUGCAGAUGUUUAUGAAAAUGAGAUCCCAGGGGGCCAGUACACCAACCUACACUUCCAGGCCCACAGCAUGGGCCUCGGUAACAAGUUCAAAGAGGUGAAAAAAGCCUACGCUGAAGCCAACAAGCUGCUGGGAGACCUUAUCAAAGUGACCCCCUCCUCUAAGAUUGUGGGUGAUCUAGCUCAGUUUAUGGUGCAGAACUCUCUCUCUCGGGCUGAGGUAGAAGACAGAGCAGAUGAGCUCUCCUUCCCUCUGUCUGUUGUGGAGUUCCUGCAAGGACACAUUGGAAUACCACACGGAGGAUUCCCUGAGCCCUUCAGGUCAAAGGUGCUCAAGUCGAUGCCUCGAAUCGAAGGUCGUCCAGGGGCUUCACUUCCACCCAUGAAUUUUGAGGCUCUCGAGUCUGAUCUGCGAAUGGCACAUGGUGAUGAAAUAACUCCUGAAGAUGUGAUGUCAGCAGCCAUGUACCCUAAAGUCUUUCAGGAGUUUAAAGAGUUCACAUCAAACUUCGGCCCAGUGGACUGCCUUAACACUCGCCUGUUUCUGGAUGGCCCCAAAAUCGCAGAAGAGUUUCAGGUUGAGUUGGAAAGAGGGAAAACAUUGCACAUCAAAGCCUUGGCCUUGGGUGACUUGAACAAGUCUGGUCAGAGAGAGGUGUUUUUUGAACUCAACGGCCAGCUGCGUUCAGUCUUGGUCAAGGAUACGGCAGCAAUGAAGGAGAUGCACUUUCACCCUAAAGCCUUGAAAGAUGUGCGAGGACAGGUUGGAGCUCCCAUGCCCGGUAAAGUGGUGGAAGUAAAGGUGAAGCCAGGCCAGAAGGUGGAGAAAGGUCAGCCUCUCUGCGUCCUCAGCGCCAUGAAGAUGGAGACAGUUGUCAACUCGCCAAUCUCAGGCAUCAUAUCCAAGGUGCACGUCAAUGCCGACAGCAGCCUGGAAGGGGAUGACCUCAUCCUGGAAAUAACCGAAUGAAGUUUUAAAGCUACAGUGGUUAAAGGUUUCUUUUCUGAAAAAAAAAAAAAAAAAAAAAACAUUUUAAGAGUGAACUUGUAAUUUGGUGGACUGAUGGUGUCAUAAUUACUGAUGAUUUGUAACAUGAUGUAAAAAUCUCUUUCAGUUUUUUUUAUUUUUUUUUUUUGGCUGUUAUUUGAUGCAGAAUAUAUAUUUAUAGCCUGUAACCAGAAGCUACAGAAGCCUUUGUGAUUCACUCUUUGGUAUUCAGUUAGAGCUGUCUUAAUACACUGAGGAAUACAGUGAAUCCAGUGAAUCUACUUGCAGCCUCAAGGAAGGGAGGUACAAGAUGCCUACAUUACAGACUGACCAUUAUAGUUUUAUUAUUUUUUAAGUAAUAAUAAUAUAUUAAAAUAAACAAAGUUCAUUAUGAAUCCAGAUGACAGCUAAUUUUUUAUGCAUAUGUGUAUUGUUUGUGUGUGAGCGAGAGAGAAACACUGCAAGUUGUGAGUUUGAAGAGGAACAGCAGUUUCAUAUUAAUGUCAUGUUAGUGGAGCAUAAAAUCAAUUUUAAAUGUCUGAAAUAUUUAUACAAGCAGUUAUUCUAGUAGAUGCACAUUAAGCACACUGUCGUCAUCAUAACGUCAUUCUGCGCAUCUUUCUAAAGCAAUAAAGUUGAGUAAUUGCAAACACGUAAUAUAUUCAGAUGUAUGUACGCAAUCAGCAAUAAUCAAAGAUUCAAAACCAAUCAUUCAGCCAUUAUUUAGAACUAUAUCAUUAUAAGGAAUCUGAGCGUAGCUAAUGCACUGCAGCAAAUGCGUGUAAUAAUGUCUUUGAAAGUUUCCACACAACAAUUCGUUAUGAUUUCCUUUUCCUCUCCUCCUCUCCUUCAUCCUGCUCUUCUUUUUAAUCACUCUCACCUUUCACACCACAGGAGCACUCAGGUUUACGCUGGCACUAUACGUGAACAGCAAGUCAUUACACAAGCAAUAAUGAAGUAAAUAAAUGCAAAACGUGUCUGUGGGGCGGCAAAGAGAAGCUUCAUUUUACAAAUCCUUCAGAAUGUUUUGCAAAUGUAAUUGUGUAAUAUGUUUACAUAAACCCCCUUAAAGGCUGAAACAAUGUGCUUUGUCAUUUAGCAGAAUGCUUUUUAAAAACCUUUUAACGCUGUAGAAAAGGAGACGGUAAUUAUAGGUGCCAUAAAUUAUGGAAGAGUCUUCAGUCUGUGUUAUUAAUGAUAUGCAGCACAAGAUAUUUCAUACUUGACCUUGAAAUAAGCCUUGAUUAUAGUUUCAUAUAGAAACCUCACCGUGACAUUUCAAGGUGGAUAUGAGCUGAAAUUGCGAUUCACGAUCGGAAAUCCGGAUUUGGGCCAUAUAGGGUCCAAAACAGAAAUGGUCAAACUGAUUAAAAAGUUGAUGCAGCCUGAAGAGAUCAGGGGACAAGGGUGAUUGUAUAUUGAGCUCAUGGAUGCAUUCAGUUUUUCUGAUUGAAUCUUUUUGCUGGCUUACCAACGGCUUAGUGCAGAGAGAUAGAACUGUCUUCCAUUGUGCCUCAAUUUCACAAUGGCUUUUCAAAAUAUCAUAAGACUUGCACAUGGUUCUCACAAAUGUUGAGCUUGUAUUAUUAGCUUUUAGAGAGAGCCUGUGCAAACAGUCUGAGUGUAUAUGUGACAGCAUGAUUUUGGGUGUAUGCAUAUGAAAGCCAGAGACGCAUACAGACACCCACGUGUUACCAGGGAUACAUGCAAAAUGAUUUAGUGUUCAUUGAAGCUGCUCAAUUAAACAUAAAAAAAACGCUUUAUGUGUUUGUGUAUUUAAAAAAAAAAAUGAUGCUGGUUAUCGGUUUCUGCCAUGGUCUGAUGUUUACAAGGGAACAGCUCAAUCAAUAAGAAACUGUGAGGUUCUUUUUGGAACCAGCAGCUUGUGGGUUUAAUGUGGAACAUUUCUAUUGAACUAACAAGGCUACAGUUAAUUAUACAAAAGGAACUUCAUAAUUAUCUUCAUAAUUACAACUAUUGCCUAUCAAAGGGUUUUUCUUUGUAUCCUUGUGAGAUAAUUACUGUUAAAUUUGUAAUUCAUAGUAAACUCAAAUUCUCUGUGUGGGUGGAGAACUGAGGACAUUAGCAAUUCAGUCCUUGAGUCUUUCAGUUGAGGAUUUCACUAUUGAAGCUGAAGAAGUAAAGCUCCAAAUGCUUUAGUUUAAUCACUUAAAUUAUGAUGAAAAUGAAUGUUUUGUCUGAACAAUGUGUUUUGAUGCCAUUCUAUUUCAAUUUUACAUGGUUUUAUGAAUGUUUAUUUUGUUUUCUGCUUUUUCUCAGUUCUAAAGUAUAUCCUGAUGGUUGCUGCAUAUUAGAAAGAUGUUCAAUAAAGAUGGAAAAUAAUACAAUCAAUUAAAUAAAGAAUUACAACAAAAAUA